AUGGCGGCACGGAUUGCGCUGUCGGUCAGCAACACCCACCCAAAACCAACGGGGGAAACCCCAUUCAUAUGCGCGCUUCGCAUCUACUGCACGUACAAGGAGGAGAAAUUCUCCAUCAUAGAGCAUGCCAUGGGCUGGAUCAAUGGGCAUGCCUCACACCCGAUGGCUAAGAUCGCACCCGACACCUUUGUUUUCGCAGCCGAUCUUGCAACCGCAGAGAUCCAGCACCUGCAGCUCAUGGCAAUCACCAAAGGGCCCAGCAUGAACGAGGUGGUGAGUGGGGACAACGGGGUGCAUGCGGUCAAGGACAUCCACAUGACGACCAACCGUGUGCCGCUGAGAGCGGCCAUCGAUGGCCUGCAGCACAACACCCGCACGCCCUUCAUGGGCAUCGCAUUCGAUCCCGUUCAACCUGACAUCUGCGUAGUGGUGGAGACCAUACCCCUUCCGAAGGAUCUACAGAAGCAGUAUGCAGGCAUCAACGCGAAGGCAUUGAAGAGGCUUUCGGAGAUGGAGAGCAAGCUGAUCCCCAUGCCGCAGGAGCGCAUCAACCAGUACAACUGCAAGCAGGCGCAAAUCGCGGAGAACUUCUACGGUUCCAUCGCCCAGCAAGGGCUGAAGCCUCACCCCGAGGGGAUCCUCGCCGGCACCUUUGUGAGCAGCAUCUGCAACACCAUGAUGGACAUGCUGACCAACCUCGACCCCAUCAUCGAUGAGAAGAUCUCUGUCACACGGGCAUCGCUCAUCGACGUCUUCGGGACGGCGGCGGCGCUGUUCAAGACCACCGGGCUCUGCCCCAAGGACAAGAUCACGGCCGCAGCCGCGAAUGCGUGCCUUGUCAAUGUCGGACCGCUCUUCUCCAGCAACUACACCUAUGCCUCGGACAUGAAGCCGGUGAUCAACGGCGAUGUAGAUGACAUGGUGAUGGAGAUCUACGAGGACAAGAACGGUAAGUUCGUGAGCAAGGUGCACCCGGUGCAGAAGAGGCAGGGCGUGACGGGGUACAAGCUCUCGGAGGACAUCAUGAUCCCCUUCAGUGACGUCUACCUCAGGCAGGCCAACGCAACCCUCUCCGAUCUGUUCUCGGGUGUAUCAGCGGAUGCUCGCAAGGGCUACGUCAACGAUUACUACAAGGGAGACUGCGAGGACUGUGCCAACUUUGCCAAGACACAGUUCGAGCUUCUGCGGCGCCUGUGCUGGCGUCUGUCUGGCUCAGCGGAUUCAUUCUAUGACGCCAACCCCGGCUUCCAACGGAUCUCGGCAAAGGAUUUCCGCUCACAGGCACUCGAGGCGAUCUGCAAUCACCCCCUCGCGAAGGAAUGGAAGCGCGAGCAGGUACAGGACACGCUGCGGCAGUGUGCGGAAUUUGGCGAUCACAUCUAUGACACCAAGAUGAAGCUGGUGCUGAUGAGCGCGAAGGCGGCCAACGUCGAGCAAGUGCAGAAGCAAGGGGCGGCAAACCAGGUCAUGGGGCAUUGCGCGGCGAUGAUCGUACGGGGCAAGGACAACACCGAAUACGGUGACAUCCUGACGGAGCUCACCGCCCCGAUCCGCAUCGAGGUUGCAAACAGACCGAUGCAACACCAGGUCGGGGGCAACCUCGGAGCGGAUAUGGAUUCAUCACAAGCAGAGCUCAUGCAGGACUGCGGCCUGCUGAACACCUGCACAAACAUGAUGGCGCCGUCCAAGGAUGUGAAGCCCUGGUUGCACGUGGGGAAGAUAGACGGCGUGUUCUGGCACGUGGUGGCAUGCGUCGGCAACGUGAUCCCUAUCGGGAAUUCACUGCUGGGUGUCACGGUUGGCAAGGUAUGCUCAGCGUCUGACAACAAGAUGCAGGGUCUGCAAGUCUCGUAUGAUCAAGACGAGAUCAAGGAGAUGCGGGAGAUCGCGAGAUAUGCACUGCCACCCAUCGAGAACUUCGAGGGAUUCUUCAAUUGCCCCCUCUCCCCACCACUGACGCACUCGUUCUACAACCAGGACUGCCAUCCCAUCGUUUCCGUGUGCGAUUUGCAAUACGAGCACGAGUUAGAGGGAUGGAUCAAGCAAGGUGGAAACUCGAGGUAUGUUGUGCGUUUUGGAAACAAGGCCAUUGCCGUACACCAGAUGAACCAGUCUGCAAUGAAACGAUUCCAGGCGUCCGUCGCGGGCAAGAACCGCGUUAUCUACAUCAAGAACCACAAGAACAACCGACAGGUCAUUCCCCCCGCACAUGCUCAAGAUGAAAUCGACGAUUCGUCACGUCUCAUCAUCAUGACACUGGUGGCAUGUGUGAUCACCUUGCAGCUCUUCAAUGAGCUCAUGUUGAUCAUCGGUUACUUGUGGCCACAGAUCUCGAAGGCUGAUGAUCGGCAACCGCCCAACUCCACCAUCCCCGAACCCCCGAAGAUGAAGACGAGUGUUGCCGUGCAGAAAUCAGUGGUGGUGCAGACCAUUUACAAGCUCAGCGGGCAGUUUGGCUUGCCAAUCAUGCUGCUGCGAGACUGGUUUGCAUACUUUCUCAUUGAGUAUCGCAAGAAGUAG